AUGGACCUGGGAGCCAAAGACGAAGAGGAGGAGAGUCUGCAAACGGCUUUCAAAAAGCUUGGCGGGACCUGCAUGUGCAGGCGUUACUGUAACGUGGCAUUUCCCUUUUUACUCAGAUGUAUUGCAGCGCUGUGUGUGGGCGACGGGACGGUUCUCAGAACACCCAUAAGAGCAGCUGUGGAUGGAGCCAAGCAACAGACUGUCUGCUCGAAGGAAACGUGGCAUGGGAGCAUGAGAAAGCCUUCCAGAGGAUCGGCACGAGUCCCACGUCGCAGGCGCUCCAAGUCUCCCGUCCUGCACCCUCCGAAGUUUACGUAUUGCAACAUGAAAGCCAACAGCCAGCUGAAACACAGAGCCCAGGCAGACACGUCGAAGAGUAGCGUCAGUUCAGGCGUUUUUGUUACAGCAGAACACGGUACGAAGGACAGGCACAAUUCUCACUUCAGGGCCAGUGAUGACCGAACUGAACCUUUGGAAGCUUUCACCCUCAAAGAGCCUCUGGAGAAGUCAAGAGAGAAUUGCCCUACUCUGCCCUCAUCCUUUGAAACUAGCUUGCACUCUGGCCGAAACUCAGAUUUCCAGUCCUUAUCCAUGCUCAGCAACGGCAAGCAGUGCCCUUGUACGGACAAGACAUGCCAGUGCAAGCAGUGGCGAACCAUGGAGGUGUACUCUUUCUCUGGCUUGCGGAGCGUCCUGUCGGAAUGUGAAAAAGCAAUCCUGGGAGUCCACGCCCAGUCUCUGCAGAAUAGAUCCCCUUGUGGGACAGCCUCGUCGGGCUCCCCUAGAUCUUGUUCUGAGCAAGCUCGAGCCUUUAUGGAUGAUGUGACUAUAGAAGAUCUGUCAGGAUACCUGGAAUACUACUUAUAUAUUCCCAAGAAAAUGUCUUACAUGGCAGAAAUGAUGUAUACUUGA